AACCUUCCUCGUGUUUCUAACACAUUUUCGCUAUUUUGUCAACCAAGAGAUGAAAAUGCCGAGCGCUCUGUCCUUCGAGGUGUUAGGACGGUACCAUCGCGCUCGAGCUGCGACGCUCACGCUGCCUCAUGGAGAGGUACGCACGCCUGUGUUCAUGCCCGUGGGCACUCAGGGCGCGAUCAAGGGGCUGACGACGCCCCAGAUGCAGGAGAAGCCCGUGGAUUGUCAGAUUUUCCUGGCCAACACGUACCACUUGGCUCUUCGUCCCGGGACCGAAGUGCUGGCUCAAUUGCCUGGCAAAUUGCACGAAUUCAUGCAGUGGCCGCGCAACUUGUUGACCGACUCUGGAGGUUUCCAGAUGGUCAGUCUAUCGAGACUGUGCGAAGUAUCGGAGCACGGCGUGCAGUUCGAGAGCUUCGUGGACGGCUCCACCAUGAUCUUGACACCCGAAGCGUCCAUCGCUCACCAGAACCGCAUUGGUGCUGACAUUAUCAUGGCACUGGACGACGUAGUAUCAAGUUUGGCAGACGACGAUGAACGCUUCAAAGAAGCUUGUGGACGUACAGUGCGUUGGCUGGAUCGCUGUAUCCAAGCACACGCUCAUCCGGACAAGCAAAAUCUCUUUGGCAUCGUGCAAGGAGGACUCGAUGUGAGCGAAGGAGGACUCCGAGACCAGUGUCUAAGCGAACUCAUUCAGCGAGACUUGCCUGGAUACGCCAUCGGUGGAUUGGCAGGAGGGGAGUCCAAGGAGGCAUUCUGGAAAGUUGUGGCUAAAUGUACCGCCCAAUUGCCAGAGAAUAAACCACGAUAUCUCAUGGGUGUUGGAUAUCCAUUGGAUCUCGUGGUAUGCUCGGCAUUGGGCGUUGAUAUGUUCGACUGCGUGUAUCCAACUCGCACUGCACGAUUUGGCACGGCCAUUGUGCCUUCCGGACUGCUUAAACUCAAAAGUGCCAAAUGUGAACAUGAUGACCGCCCGAUCGACGACACGUGCGAGUGUUUCGUGUGCAAGAAAUACACACGAGCGUAUCUGCGUGUGCUGCUGAAGAAGGAGGAGACGUUCGGCGACGCGGAGGAGACGACAGGCAGCAUUGGAGCACACCUCAUCACGUACCACAAUGUCACGUACAUGCUGAACCUCAUGCGUCGACUCCGACAGUCCAUUAUCGACGAGAAAUUUGAGCAAUUUGUGCAAAAUUUCAUGUUGCAACAAUUCCCGGAUCGCAAUUAUCCUCAAUGGGCUGUCGAUGCUUUGACGGAGGCCAAGAUUUCGCUUAACUAAGCAACAAGAUAACAUCUUUUUUUUCCAGAAA